UUGAGUCAUUAACUGAUCCUGGUUCAGUUUUCAGUUUUUUCAGUUUUUUGUUUUUUUAAUGAAAUAGAUUGAAUAAGUUCAGGUCUGAGGUCAGAGGUCAGAGAUGCUGACGUCAGAGAAAAAACCUUAAUCCUGAACCCUGUGGCUCCACCUGAGAUCACAGGUGAACCAAAGAUAAUGUGUCAACACUCCGAUCGAUGGCGACGCUCAGCCGCCUCGAGUGUCGGAGCUCAGGCAGAAAUAACCUGAGCUAAUGAAGAUGUGACAGUUCUAAGUUUCAUUUCAGAGACGAGUGACAGCUCAGAGUCCUGGUCUGAGACAGUCCUGGAUUCACUGAUCGCUCUGACUCACUGAUGAAGCAGCUUUUUCACUUUCAGCAUUUUCAUUAGAUUUAAAGUUUCCAGUUUGAAGGCCUCAGCAGCCUGAAUGGAAACUGGAGUUUGUUUCUUCAGAUGGUAAAAGCCUGUUGACGUGCCCCCCCCCAACCACUGCCGCCACCACCCCGAUGUUAGUGGCGCUGAAAUGAAACUUAUAUUUGUGCUAUCUACGUCUCUGACUUCACUUCAUGGUGACAAAUCUCCAGGUUUCCAUCUGCGCUCUGACUCUCUGGGUUUCUGACCGCUGUCGACAGGAAACUUCUUCAUCGGAAAUCACGCUGCGUUAUUAUGACGAGUGGCAACUGUGUCACAUGACACGCCUGUCCCACAGAUAAAUAUUAACCCGGUCUGUUGCUGGUCUAAAGAAGUCUCAGUUGGAUCUCCAGACUCUCAGGUCAGAGUUCAUCUUUGAUUUCUGGGUUUCAGGAUCAGGACUCUUUCAGUCCAAUCAGUCUUCAUCCGUCAGAAACUGUCUGUUCACAGAGUUUGUCCACUUUUAUUCUCAGCACCAUUCAAACACACUUCAGCACAAAGGAAUCCAGCUCAGUCUCAGACUUAAAGAGUUUCAGGACUCUAGGUUUAAGGCUUUUCAUAGGUCCAGGACUUCCAGAGGUUCAGGACUUCAGCUUAGACGUUGUCUUUAAUCUGCUGCUGCUUCAUUAAUUUUUCUUCUUAUUUUUCUUCAUACAAACAAACUUGUAUUAAUUCAACAAAAGGAUUAUGUACCUGAAUUAACCUGUGAGUCACCUGGUCCUGGUCCAGGUGUCUGCUGCUGUGUGAUCUGGAUCUUACUCUCUGUGGUUUGAUGACUCACACAGGUAUACAGCCUCUGAUUGGUCCUGACAUCCAGUCUCUGUUCCAGAUUACCUGAACUCACCUGAGGCUGCCAGCUCACACACCUGAAGCAUCUCAGUCCAGCUCUGACCGGGACUUAAGACCAGCAGAAGAACCAGAACCAGGGCCACCUAAAGAACCAGGAUCAGAUCAGGACCAGGGACCUACUAAAAACCACCUGAGCAACCAGAACAAUGACGCCCUCUUCAAUCCUCUUCAUCAUCCUGCAGCUUUGCAGCCUCCAGUUAAUGGCUGUUUCCAUGCCGACCUGCCAGAUGCAGGCAAACGUGGUCAAGGAAACCCACCAAGCCCUCAGAGACCUGGGGGGAUCGUUUCCUGCCCACUGCCUGCAGUACAAUGUCAACAUCUCCUUCCCAUACUCCGCCUUCCCUGCCACUACAGCCGGUCACCCUCAUUGCCGCCGUGCGUCAGCGGUGGUGUAUGAGUCGCUGAAGGGGAUGCAGCAGAUCUUUGAGGAUGAAUUACCUGCCGAAGAGGGCGGAGUCAACUGGGACAACACCAAACUCAGCACCUUCAUGAUCCUGCAGGAUCGACUGCUGGAGCAGGGGAGCUGUCUGUCCACAGUCAGUCCAAAUGUGCUGAUGUCGUACUUCAGUAACGUCACAGCUGUGGUGCAGCAGGAGAACAGCGCUGUCUGUGGUUGGAAGGCUCUGAUGAGAGAUGUCCUUGAGGUCCUAGAGAUCGCCCAGCUCAAACAUGAGACCUGUUUCACCCGGAGACGCUGACCACGCCCAUGGAGGACAGAGACCACACCCACUGAUAUGUUAUUUAUGUCUAAUUAAUAUUUUUAAUGAACCUAUUUAUUUAUUUAUUAAGGUAAAUUAUUUAUAUUGUGAUAUUUAUACUUUUUUACUGAAACUAUCUUUGGUUUUUUAAUUAAAGCAUCAUAAAAAAAUUUGACUUUUGCUCUACUUUAACACACACACACACACACACACACACACACACACACACACACAGUAGAAACAGAGUGAGUCACUGUGAUGAUCCUGUUUCUGUUUUAGUUGAAUUGCCUGCAGCUUCAUGAAGAGUCAUUUAGUUUAUGACAGUUAUUUAAAGCUGAUCAGAUUC